GGUGGCGGAACCUGGAGAGCACGGUGGGCGGGUCGGCACGGGAGUCCACGGAUCGGCGCAAUGGGGAUGAUGACGACGGCAGUGGUGGGCAGGCCGUGCUGCUGCGAGGGGGGGGGCCCAUCGCCAAGAGCAUGCCGCACGCCGGGCAGCCCAUUCUCAGCUUCAACACCGGCUGCCUCACAGAGGAGUGCGAGCUGGGGGAGAAGCUGGGCGAGCCCAAUAGCACCCCCCCCUCUCCCCCCCCCUUCCUUCCCCCCUUCCUCAGGCUGUCUGACAGAGGAGUACGAGAUGGGGGAGAAGCUGGGCGAGGGGCACUUCGGGUCGACGUACCGAUGCCGGCAGCGGGCAACAGGAAAGGAGUUUGCGGUGAAGCAGAUGAGCAAGACGCGCCUGCUCAUGCUGGGCACGCCGCUGGCGGAGGUGAAGCGCGAGGUGGGCAUUCUGUACCACCUGGCGGGCCACCCCCACGUGGUGCAGGUGCAGGCGGCGUUUGAGGACUCCAAGAGCGUCGCCAUCGUCAUGGAGCUGUGCCACGGGGGGGAGCUGUACGACCGCAUCAUUGCCAAGGGCCACUACAGUGAGUGCGACGCGGCUCGUCUCAUGAGCACAAUGGUAUCGGUGGUGCACUACUGCCACACCAUGAACGUGGUGCACCGCGACCUCAAGCCCGAGAACUUCCUCUUCGCCAACCGCAGCGACGACGCGCCGCUCAAGACCAUCGACUUCGGCCUCUCGCUCUUCUUCACCCCAGGCGAGCCCAUAUCAGCAGGGCUAGCGGGCAGCCCACUGUAUCUAGCCCCGGAGAUGGUGCGCACCAACGGGUGCCACUACGGGCCCGAGGUAGACGUGUGGAGCGCAGGCGUCAUUCUCUACAUGCUGCUCUGCGGCUACUGCCCCUUCCCCACCGACCUACCAACAAUGGACGAGCUGUUCUGCGCCAUCAUGUACGACGAGAUCGACUACGAGAGCGAUCCGUGGCCGUUGAUCUCGGAGCAGGCGAAGGAGGUGGUGCGGGGCAUGCUGGACCGCAACCCUGAGACGCGCCUCACAGCCAAGCAAGUGCUCGAGCACCCGUGGGUGAGCGAGGCGGGGGUGGCACCAGACACACCGCUUGACCCCACAGUCUUCAGCCGCCUCAAGCGAUACGCCGCCAUGACUCACAUCCGCAAGCUCGCCUCCCAGGUGGUGGCGCAGCAGUUGACGGAGGAGGAGAUCCUGGGCAUGAGGGAGAUCUUCAACCAGCUCGACAUGGACCACAGCGGCUCGCUCUCCCUCGAUGAGAUGCGCCGCGGACUGCAGAAGAUGGGCGCGCGCAUGGAUGAGGGCGAGCUGAGGCAGCUCUACUCCGCUAUGGACGUGAACGACAGUGAGAGCAUCGACAUGAACGAGUUCUUUGCGGCCACGCUGGGGCUGAACCGCAUGAUCAAGGAGGAGAACCUGCACCAGGCCUUCCAGUACUUUGAUAAGGACGGCAGCGGCUUCAUCACACGAGAUGAGCUCACUCAGGUGUGUGAGGAGUUUGGCAUCGGGCCGGAGAACGUGGAGGAGAUGAUGCAGGAGGUGGACGUGAACAAGGUGAGGUGGACGUUAACAAGGUGA